UUAUACGUUGUGACAUCAUAGUAGGCGACAGUAGGUGCUUUACAUGCAGUAUGACAUAAUAGUUGCUGGUGGGCUGAAAUCAGCAAAGCUCCCCCCCCACCCCCCAGAGGAGGCGACGGCUCCUUGGCAGGCAGGGAAGGAGGCGGGGCUUGAGCCCCGGGAGGGCAGCAGCAGACCCGGGAAGGGCUUCAGCAUCCCUGGCUCCUGGGUGGGCCCACCCCUGUGCCACACACAUCUGGGCAGUCUAGAGAUGUUUCCUCUGCUUCUCUGGCACCCUGGGGCAAGGGCUGGGUCCGAAUCCCCAUCGGCCACUUUUUCUGUGCGGGGCCAGUUGCUUAAUCCGCCUGUGCCUCAGUUUCUGCCUCUGUAAAAUGGGGGUUGGGACAGGUGACCUUGAAAGUUUCUUCCCCCUUUGGGUAUGUGGUUGUCUUGGUCUUAUGACCUCCUGAUAUCCAUCUAAGCCGGAGAAAAGGCUUCUCCUCCCCCAUCUCCUCCCUGGCUGGGAGCCUCUGUCCACAGGAGGGCCCGGCUCCUCCUUCCAAUGUACCAGAGAAAACAGCUUCUCCCUGAGCGCAGGGAGGGGGCUUCGGAGGCCCCAUUGCCCCUUCCCGAUGUCCUCCGGGGCCAGAUCCCACACCUGUGAGAUGGGAGAGCCAUCCGGAAGCUGCUCGCGCUCUCCCAGAAGCUCCUGGGCCAGCGGCUGUUCGACCGGCUGAUGAAGAUGACCUUCUACGGGCAGUUUGUGGGCGGCGAGGACCAGGAGGCCAUCAAGCCUCUGAUCAAGCACAACCAGGCCUUCGGGGUGGGCUCCAUCCUGGACUACAGCGUGGAGGAGGAUCUCAGCCACGAGGAGGCCGAGAAGAAGGAGAUGGACUCCUGCACGGCGGACGCAGAGAAAAAUGGCAGAGGCGCCAGCAGGAGGGAGAAGCAGUUCCAGGCCCACCGGGCCUUCGGGGACCGCCGGGACCGCGUCAUCAGCGCCCGGACCUACUUCUACGCCAACGAGGCCAAGUGUGACCAACACAUGGAGACCUUCCUCCGCUGCAUCGACGCCUCUGCUGGGGUCACCGACAACGGCUUCUCUGCCAUCAAGCUCACGGCCCUGGGCCGGCCCCAGUUCCUGCUGCAGUUCUCAGAAGUGCUGACCAAGUGGAGGAAGUUCUUCCACCAGAUCGCAGCCGAGCAGGGCCAGGCGGGGCUCCCGGCCAUGGAGACCAAGCUGGAGGUGACGGAGCUGCAGAAGAGCCUGGAGAACCUGGGUAUCGCCACCAAGGCCGAGAUUCAGGACUGGUUCACGGGGGAGAUGCUCGGGGUGUCCGGCACCGUGGACCUGCUGGACUGGAACAGCCUCAUCGACAGCAGGACCAAGCUCUCCAGGCUGCUCCACGUGCCCAACAUAGAGACGGGCCAGCUGGAGCCCCUCCUGUCUCACUUCACAGAGGAGGAAGACCUCCAGAUGAAGAGGAUGCUGCAGAGGAUCGACAUCUUAGCCAAGAGGGCCAUGAAGGUGGGCGUGCGCCUGAUGGUGGACGCGGAGCAGACAUACUUCCAGCCGGCCAUCAGCCGCCUCACCCUGGAGAUGCAGCGCAAGUUCAACACGCGCGAGCCCGUGAUCUUCAACACGUACCAGUGCUACCUGAAGGACGCCUACGACAACGUGUCCCUGGACGUGGAGCUGGCCCGCCGGGAAGGCUGGUGCUUCGGCGCCAAGCUGGUGCGCGGGGCGUACAUGGCGCAGGAGCGCGAGCGCGCCGCCGAAGUGGGCUACGAGGACCCCAUCAACCCCACGUACGGGGCCACCAACGCCAUGUACCACAGGUGCCUCAACUACAUCUUGGAGGAGAUUAAGCACCAGGGCCGGGCCAGCAUGAUGGUGGCCUCCCACAACGAGGACACGGUCCGGUUCACCAUUCAAAAGAUGGAGGAGCUGGGCCUGCACCCCACAGAGAAGAAGGUGUACUUUGGGCAGCUCCUGGGCAUGUGCGACCAGAUCUCCUUCCCCCUGGGUCAAGCUGGCUUUCCGGUCUACAAGUACGUGCCCUACGGCCCCGUGAAGGAGGUGCUGCCCUACCUGUCGCGCCGGGCCCUGGAGAACCGCGGGAUGAUGAAGGGGGCGCAGCGUGAGCGGGCGCUGCUCUGGAAGGAGCUCAAGCGGAGGCUGCUGAGGGGAGACUUCUUCUACCGGCCCUCGACCCUCUGAGGCCCCGAACCCGAGGCCGGCACCCCGCCCCGCCCCCGCGGCCCUCAGCCGUCAGUCAGGAAGCCUUGGUCAAGCCGCACUGAGUCCAAAGCUCAGAGAGAGCCCCGGCCUCUCAGGGUCCCCUGGCCCCCGGGCUCCCCAGCCUCUCUGGCCCCCGCCUCAUGGGGUAGACAACAAGAAAGUAACUGGGAUCAGACCAGAGACCUCCAGGCAUUUCUUGAGCGAGGCCCGGGACUCCCUGGUGCCUCCUCCUCGAGCUUGGAGGGACCUUGUGGGGCUGGGGGGCUGGGCUGGGCCAGGAAAGGGAAGCGUGUGCACACCUGGGAUUGGAAGGCCCCCCACUGCUCAGGCAGCCCCUCAAUAUUGGCUCAGCAAUCUCCCCUCUUACAGCAAACCCCCACUGCUCUGAGGGCCCCCCUUUCCAUCAAUCCCCUGCUGCUUGGUGGACCCCCACAGCUUAGGGGAGCUCCCACUGCUCAGGGCCCCCCUCUUCCAUCAAACCCCACGCUGCUCAGGCGGCCCACUUUCCAAGGCCCAGUCCCCAUGGGACGGUGCUGUCCCAGAGCGGCCCCCAGCCCCCGAACCUUCCCUUAUGUCUCCCCCCCUUGUGUCUCCCCAUCCCUUCCCUGCCCCCUGUGGCUGAGGGUCCCCGAGGACUCUGGAGCUGGGGGAUCUCCCCUCGCCCCCCCGGCUGUCCGAGGUGGGAUUCGCGGCAGGGUCAGCCCAGUUCCAAGGGAGCCGAGCUGGCGCUGCCCACAAGGCCCUGGGCUCAGUCCUCCCAAAGGCUUCUGGGACUUCUUGGGAUCAUGAAGAAAAUGCGGGCUGGGGGGUGGAGGGGGCAGCUGCUGGAUGGGGAAGGGCUGGUCUGAUCAGAGAGGGCGCCCCCCAAGACCAGAGAAGCCACAGAAAGAGCUUCCUUGCGUCUCAGGGAAGUCGCAGGAUGAGGUCCACUCUGACCACAUGUUGACCACUAGGCAUGGGUAGGGGUGGGAGCAACCCGACAGGCGCCCCCUGUGGUUCAGCCUGGGGUCGCCCGGGCCGGGCUUCUCUUAGGGAGGUGGGAUGGACGAAGCAAGAGGCCACGCCCCCCGGCCAGCCUCGGCCCCUGCCCAGCAGCACUUCCCGGUGUUGACCAAGGCUGCUCGGCCACCCCUGCCAGACCUGGGCUCAACCGGCCCAAUUAAAAGUUCUAUUCCACCUUC